UAGCUACCCGUGUGUGCGUAUAUGUGAUAUCAGUGCUUGAAUGUCUUAUUUUUUUUUCCAACUACGUGCUCCAUUCGAUUGCCUCGCUGCCCUCGCUGUUCAAUCUUCGACAAUCUGUCGACAAAGCGCGUAAGCAGCUGUUAGUUUACAUUAUUGAACACUGAAUAAUUGACGUUCGAAAGCAAUCGUAGUUAAAAAACUUCAUUGUUUCCAACGUAAAAAUAAACAAUGUCGAGUCCCGAUGAGUGUAAACUUAAAGGGGGUCAUCCACCGGCGGUUAAAGCUGGUGGUAUGAGGAUAACGCAACAUAAGAAUCCUAAGGAGGAGAAAGAAGUCAGGUCUAGCAAAGAUGCUGAGGAGAGCAGCAAACCCUCUACUAGUCCACCGAAAACAAUGUUAAUCAGCGGUGCAAUUGCAAGAGGGAAUGCAGACUUUCCGCCCGAGGCUGUGCAACAUUUUCACGAAAAGCCAGCACCGACGCACGACGCCCGUCCAGCUCAUUGUUCUCGUCCCAUAGUUAUCCAACAGCCAAGGAAGUAAACUGGGAAAAAUAUUGUUGCAGCCAACGUAAAAAAGCUGAAAAGUGAAGGUGCAGGAGAGAGGCUUCGGUGGGGAUGACGAGCAAAAGGUCCAGAGGGAGAAAUGGUCCAGAAAUUACGAAGAACAAAAAAUUACUGUUUAUGAGAGUUUAUGGAACACUAAUUCUUCGAAUUUCUGUGAAAAUGUGAAAGAGAUGAUGACGCAAAAGAAAUAAUAGUUUUCAAAUCCCGUUAUAUUUACCAGAUUUCAUAUGAAAUACUACGAGUGUCUCGCGGUAGAUCGUACAAUUAUAUUUUUAAUUUCCAAUCGUCUGUUGGGACCAUCCUGAUAAAAGCAUUUGUUCUUCAUUAUUUCCACACUGUGUUUUUUAAAAACUCGUGGAAAAAAUUCCAUAGAUAUACAUUUAUAAAAUAUACGAAUAUUUUUCUUUGUUUUUUUCUUUUGUUUAUCGAGAAAUGGUUUAUUCACGUUGGGGAACGUGAGGAAAUAGAUACAAAUAUAUAUAUAUAAAAAUAUAUCUUUUCGGGUUUGGCUGUGGGUAAAAAACUAAUAAAGCGUUGUUCACGAUCGAGUUAUGCGUAUAGGGUUUGCAACUGUUAUACGCAUUUGAAACUAUCUUUAGCUAUUUGUAUGCUAGGGUGAGACACUGAAUAAAUACAUUUUGGGAUAA